CACACCUCCGACGCCAACUUCGACAGGAAGAUGUGGGAACACCUUGCUAUAAUCUCUGCCUCUGCCACCAAAGAAACGGUCUUCUUUACCAUCAGCAUCCCGACAGUGUACAGCAAUCACCUUGGGAUGGUCCACGGCGGCGCAAUAGCGACAUUGUUCGAUGGUUUGACGAGCUCCGCCCUGGCUCUACUUGCUCCCGAACUUCUCUGGAGCGGCAGAGAAGUUUCGCGAGGUCUUCAUUGCAAGUUUCUCAAACCAGUUCCAAUUGAUGAGUGUAUCGAUGCGUACAUCUCGAUUGUUCACGCAGAUUCUCGAACCGCGACCAUCCGCGGAGAGCUGCGGCGCGGGCGCGAUCAGCUCUUGUUGGCUGAAUGUACUCAUGAGAAAGCCAAUCUGGCUUCAAGUCUU